AAAAACUUUUUGUAUUGAAGGAAUCAACAGCCGCCAUCUUGUUGUUGCUCGGAAUUAGGAUUUCGAUACAACGCUUAUUUUAACGUCUAAACCGAGCCGCCUUUCCGUGAUAUGAACCCUUCCUUCCACAGAAGACGAACCCAUAGCGUCGCCCUGGAGACAUUUUGUGCAAAAAAACGGGAGUCGGAUCGGUGGUCGUCGCACGGAGAAGCUCCGUAUAUCUGAUUUCCCCUUCAGAGUGCGGCGUUUCGGUCCCGUCGCCGUCCCGGAGCAGUAUUGAUCACGGACACCAGGUCGCCGCUUUCGAAGUCGUUUGAAGGAAUCGCGCGUUUCUGUGCAAUUGUGCAUUUUUUAUGGAGCUUCGCGCUAAUUUUGCAUGAAGAAAUUUGACGUCACCCAAAAUGUGUACUUUGAUCUAGAAAUAAAUACUUCCCCUCCCCCGGGAUGCAGCGAUCCACCUCGUUUUGAACGCCAGGCAUCUCGAAGUUGGAUCUGUACAUGGGGAGUAUUUCAUCGUGGGACAUAUAAUGACAAUAAUGUGGGUGUUGGGUGUUGGAUUAUCAUGGGGUGAAUGGCGGUGGCGAAGCGGGGCGCUAUUGCAUCUCUUUUGAAACACGGACUCUCACGCCACGGUGAAAGCUAACGCUAGCAGUUAACCGAGCUGGUAGCAAGCGUUUUAGCGUGCUAAUGUGCUAGUCUGGAGGCUUCGGGUUGACCGAACCAGAACCCUAGAGACACAUUUAUCUAUUUCCAACGCUCUGUCGGAAAAGAUAACAACUAUGGCCGAGAACCUGCUGGACGUCGGACCUCCCAACUCCAAACGGCCGAAGCUGAAUUCACCUGCCCUGUCAACGUCUGAUGGAACAGAUCUGGGCUCUCUGCCGUGGGACGAGCUGGAGAAUGAUCUACCUGAUGAGUUGAUUCCCAAUGGAGGGGAUCUGGGCCUGAUGGGUGGAAUGGCUUCAAACGGGGGCACUGCACCAGGAGUCGGUGGACCAGGGGGUAACCCAGCAGGCCUAGGCAGUGCUGGUGCCACUGUUGUCCCAGAUGCUGCUGCGAAGCACAAGCAACUCUCUGAGUUGCUCAGAACGGGUAGCACCUCAAGUAUUAUAGGGACAGGGCUGAAUUCAAGUAGUCCACAGCCUGGAAGUAUGGGACCCCAGUUAGGAACACCACUGGGUAAGAGUCCCCUUGGCCAGGGCUCCCCAAACAAUCACCCGUCCCCACAGACUCAGAAGGCUGGAACACCGACAGGAGUAACGGGGCAGAACAACAGUAACUCUGCAACUGUAAGCUUGAAUACCACAGGCUUCAACCAGGCCAUGAUGAAUAACAACAACCAAGGUCAUGCUGCACUAAUGGGCCAAGGAGGGCAGGCCCAACCUGGACAGGUGAUGAAUGGUGGUCUUGGGCCUGGAGCUGGAAGAGGACGAGGAACUGGGGUUGUUGGAUUGCAGUACCAGGGCCAGACUUUGCCAGGGUCUGCCACGGGUACCGGAGGACCUGGAAGUGCAUUAGCCGAGACCCUUAACCAGGGUGGACAGCAGAUGGGGGCACACAACACACUCAAUUCAGUGCAGCAAGCUGGGGCAAUGAAUAAGAUGACCAUGGGCAACGGAAACUCUUUUGGGGCCCAAUCAUAUGGACAAGGGGCUGUAGGGCCGGGUCAGCAGCUGAACUCUCAACAACAGCUUCAAAAUAAGGCUGCUCUCGCCAACAGUUUACCACCCUUUCCCAAUGAGCUCAAAGGUGCAGCUGUAACCAGCGUGCCAAACAUGCAGCUCCAGCAGCAGCCACAGCAAGCAGCUAUGUUGCCUCUGGCAAGUGGUGGAGGUGUGGCGGUUCCUUCAGCAGGCCCAACUGCCGACCCAGAAAAACGCAAGCUCAUCCAGCAGCAGCUGGUCCUGCUGCUGCACGCUCACAAGUGCCAGCGUCGGGAGCAGGCCAAUGGGGAGGUUAGGGCCUGUGCCCUUCCCCACUGCCGUACCAUGAAGAACGUCCUUAAUCACAUGACCCACUGCCAGGCUGGCAAGUCCUGCCAGGUUGCUCACUGUGCGUCGUCCAGGCAAAUCAUCUCCCACUGGAAAAACUGCACUAGACACGACUGUCCUGUCUGCUUGCCACUGAAGAAUGCCAGUGACAAGCGCACUCAGCAACCUAUGUUGAGUUCUCCCAAUGCCGGCCUACCGAAUCCCAUGUCGUCGGUGGGUGUCGGCCAACCCAGUGCCCCUUCCAUCAGUACCUCAACCACCAUCGAUCCAAGUUCCAUGCAGAGAGCCUAUGCAGCACUUGGUUUGCCCUAUGGCAGCCAAGCCACAGGGCAAACCCAACAGGCUACUGGCCCUGGACAAACCACUGGCGGCCAGAAUGCCCAGCAGCAGAUUUCACAACAGAUGAGACCCAUCAAUGCACUUGGAAACCAAAUGGCUCUCACUGGUACACCUAUGGGUGUGACCACAGACCAGACAAACAUGCAUCCUGACUCCCUUCCCAAUGCGUUAAAAUCUGGCAGUCAGCUGCUAUCAGAUGGCUCUGCUGUUGGCUCAAUGGGCAACCUUCCCACAGCAUCACCCAUCACUGGUAAUGGCAACAGGAAAGCAUGGCAUGAACAUGUCACUCAGGACCUGCGUAAUCACCUAGUACACAAACUCGUACAAGCCAUAUUUCCUACGCCUGAUCCUGCGGCAUUGAAGGACAGGAGGAUGGAGAACUUGGUGGCCUACGCCAGGAAGGUGGAGGGGGACAUGUACGAAUCUGCAAACAGCCGAGAUGAAUACUAUCACUUUUUGGCUGAAAAGAUCUAUAAAAUCCAAAAAGAGUUGGAGGAGAAGAGGCGUUCAAGGCUCCAGAAGCAGAUCAACCAGACACCAAUGAACAACCAGGGAACUCAGCAGCCUGGUCUUCCUCAGGCUAAUGCCUUGGUUCCCAGGGCACAGAACGGACCUGUCUCUCAUCCAAACAUGCCAAAUCAGAUCAUGAACCGCAUGCAGGUUCCACAAGGCGUCAACCAGUUCAACCACAUGGCUUUGCCUAAUGCCCAGUUGUCCCAGAGCCCCAUGGGAGCCCGUGCUGCCUCGCCGAUGAACCAUCCACAGCAGAUGAACAUGAGCACUGUCCCAGCAAUGGGAUUGUCACCGUCAAGAAUGCCCCAAGCCCAGGGUAUGAUUGCUGGUCACAGUGGCAGCAACAUGGUUGGCCAGACAGCUGGCCAAGGACAGUUCAUGGCUCAGACCCAGUUUGCUCCAGGAUCUGCUGCAGUCACUGCUACGGGACCUAUGAAUGUCACCUUAGGGUCCGGCAUGGGCCAACCACCUGCACAGGCUGCCGUUACCCAGCAGCAGCAGAGUGCUAACCUCCCCAUGAAUGCAAUUGGCUCUCAACUAGCCUCUUCCCAAACCCCAUUGCACUCUACACCACCUGCUGCCUCCUCCGCCUCCACUGUUGGGGGGGCCUCUAACCUGCCACAUCUCCAGUCAUCCUGUCGCAGUGCCACCCCUACCCUCACAGGCCCUGCCCCAGCACAGGUUGCCACCCCUUCCUGCCCCAUUCAGCCCCAAACCCAAGCGGAGCUCCCUGCAACAGCACAGACGCAGCCCCCAGCUCAGCCCCCUACCACGCCGCUUUCCCAAACGGGAGCCAGUCUUGACAAUAGAGUUCCGACGCCAACAUCAGCAGCCAGCGCUGACCUGCAUUUACAGCAUGUUGGAGCAGACCUCCCUGUCACUGAGAUCAAAACAGAGGUGCAUCAUGAUCAACACGAGUUUGAGGCUGCUGGCGGCAAAACUGAACCCAAAAUGGAGACUGAAGAAGAAUCUACGAGUACAUUAAUAAAGAAGGAGGAGGAAAAGCAGGAGCCCAUGGAAGUAGAGGUGAAGAAGACUGAAUUGAAGAUAGAACCCAAAGAAGAAGAAGGAAGAGCCAACAGCACAAACGCCACCUCAUCCCCCCCUCUGUCACGGAAGAAAAUUUUUAAACCAGAAGAGUUGCGCCAAGCUCUGAUGCCUACUUUGGAGUCCCUCUACAGGCAAGAUCCGGAGUCGCUUCCCUUCAGGCAGCCUGUAGAUCCCACGCUACUCUGUAUCCCAGACUAUUUUGACAUUGUGAAAAACCCAAUUGAUCUGUCCACGAUUAAACGGAAACUUGACACAGGCCAGUACCAGGAGCCCUGGCAGUAUGUCGAUGAUGUCUGGUUGAUGUUCAACAACGCUUGGCUCUACAACCGCAAAACAUCCAGAGUCUACAAGUUUUGCUCCAAACUGGCUGAGGUGUUCGAGUCUGAGAUUGAUCCUGUCAUGCAGGGCCUGGGAUACUGCUGUGGUCGGAAGUACGAAUUUUCCCCACAAACUCUCUGUUGCUAUGGAAAGCAGCUCUGUACCAUACCCACAGGAGGCACAUAUUACAGCUAUCAGAACAGGUACCAUUUCUGUGAGAAGUGCUUUAAUGAGAUCCAGGGAGAUAGUGUGACAUUGGGAGACGAUCCUGCCCAGCCACAGACGUCAGUGAAAAAUUAUCCAUUCUGGUUUUUACUGUUCCUAUUUUUUACCUCACUUAUGUUUCCUUUUCCUCAUGUAAACUGCAGGAUGAUCUCAAAAGAUCAGUUUGAAAGGAAAAAGAAUGACGUGCUAGAUCCUGAACCGUUUGUUGAAUGUAAAGACUGUGGAAGAAAGAUGCACCAAAUCUGCGUGUUGCACUAUGAGGUCAUCUGGCCAUCUGGAUUCAUCUGUGACAAUUGUUUGAAGAAAAGUGGAAAAGUGCGGAAGGAAAACAAAUUUUCUGCAAAAAGAUUGCAGUCGACUCGACUGGGAAUGUAUAUAGAGGACCGUGUGAAUAAAUACUUGAAGAGACAGAACCACCCGGAGUCUGGAGAAGUCUUCGUGCGAGUGGUGGCAAGCUCAGAUAAAACGGUUGAAGUCAAACCUGGCAUGAAAGCCAGGUUUGUUGACACUGGUGAAAUGCCUGAAACCUUUCCCUAUAGAACCAAAGCACUUUUCGCCUUUGAGGAGAUUGACGGUGUAGACGUGUGUUUUUUCGGCAUGCAUGUGCAGGAGUAUGGAUCGGACUGCCCACUCCCCAACACUAGGCGCGUCUACAUAUCAUACCUUGACAGUAUUCACUUCUUCAGACCCAGGAUUUUAAGAACAGCCGUCUACCAUGAGAUCCUUAUUGGAUAUCUAGAAUAUGUCAAGAAACUUGGAUAUGCUCAAGGGCAUAUUUGGGCAUGUCCGCCAAGUGAAGGAGAUGACUAUAUCUUCCACUGCCAUCCUCCUGACCAGAAGAUCCCCAAACCAAAAAGGUUGCAGGAGUGGUAUCGAAAGAUGCUAGACAAGGCUUUUGCUGAGAGAAUCCUGCAUGAUUAUAAGGACAUCUUCAAACAAGCAACAGAGGACCGGUUAACCAGCGCCAAUGAGCUUCCUUACUUUGAGGGUGACUUUUGGCCCAAUGUGCUGGAGGAAAGCAUCAAGGAGCUCGAACAGGAGGAGGAGGAAAGGAAGAAAGAGGAGACCACCGCAGCUUGUGAAGCUCCUGAGGGCACACCUGGUGACAGCAAAAAUGCAAAAAAGAAGAACAAUAAAAAGACAAAUAAAAAUAAAAGCAGCACCAGUCGAGCCAACAAGAAAAAGCCUGGAAUGCCGAAUGUAGCAAACGAUCUGUCUCAGAAGCUCUACUCGACUAUGGAGAAGCACAAAGAGGUGUUCUUUGUGAUCCAUCUCCAUUCGGGUCCAAUGGCCAACACCUUGCCACCCAUCAUGGACCCUGAUCCUUUGCUCUCCUGUGAUCUGAUGGAUGGCAGAGACGCCUUUCUCACUCUUGCCAGGGAUAAACACUGGGAGUUCAGCUCUCUCAGGAGAUGCAAGUGGAGCACCAUGUGCAUGCUGGUCGAGCUGCACAACCAAGGGCAGGAUCGUUUUGUCUACACUUGCAACGAGUGCAAGCACCACGUGGAAACCCGCUGGCACUGCACCGUGUGCGAGGACUUUGAUCUGUGUAUCAAUUGUUAUAACACAAAGGGCCACGAGCACCACAUGGUUAAGUGGGGACUUGGCCUGGACGAUGACAGCAACAGCCAGGGUGGAGAGGCUUCCAAGAGCCCACAGGAGAGCCGUCGCCUCAGUAUCCAGCGCUGCAUUCAGUCCCUGGUUCACGCUUGCCAGUGUCGCAAUGCAAACUGCUCUUUGCCCUCUUGCCAGAAGAUGAAGAGAGUGGUGCAACACACCAAGGGCUGCAAGCGCAAAACCAAUGGUGGCUGCCCUGUCUGCAAGCAACUUAUUGCUCUGUGCUGUUAUCAUGCAAAGCACUGUCAAGAGAACAAGUGUCCUGUCCCAUUCUGCCUGAACAUCAAGCACAAGCUGCGGCAGCAGCAGUUGCAGCAUCGGCUCCAGCAGGCCCAACUCAUGAGAAGAAGAAUGGCCACCAUGCAAGGACGAACUAUGCCACUCCCUUCCCCACCUGCUUCAGCGACCCCUGGCACUCCCACUUCCCAUGUGCAGCCCAAUACACCUCAAACGCCCCAGCAGCCGCUUUCCAAUCAGCCGCAGACCCCCAAUUCAGCUGGGGUCAUGUCGCCCGCUUUCUCUAAUGCAUCUCGAAACGGUCAACCUCAGGCAGCGGUGUCUCAGGGUAAACCUGGGCCUCAGGCAUCCCCUCACCACCAGCAGCCGUCCCCCAUUCCCCAGCCUCCACAGCAACCGCAGCAGCUUCCGCAGCAGCCUCCCAUUGCUGCUGUGCAAAUGGCAAGGCACAUUGAGAUGAUGGCACAGGCCCAACAGAACCAGCAGAACUACCGUGUCAACAUAAAUGGUUUGCCUAUGAACCCGCAGCAGCCACAACAAAGGAUGACUGGGCCGAUGCAGCCACCGAUGCAGAUGGUUCCAGGACCUCGGGGGCCACAGGUAAUGCAGCCUGGCAUGGCCCCGGGACAGUGGCCGGGAGCUACAGGGCCAAUGCAGACAGCUCAGACUCAACAGCCAGGUAUUGUGCCAGGACAGAACCAGGCCAUGACCAUGCAGCGAGCUAUGAUCCCACCAGGGCAGCAGCCCCCUCAGGCCCAGAGGAUGCUCAUACCACAGCAGCCUGGUGCCCGGCCACAGACGCCGCAAAGACUAGGCGCUAUCGCACCAAAUGCCCUUCAGGACCUUCUACGCACGCUUAAGUCCCCAAGCUCACCCCAGCAGCAACAGCAGGUUCUGAACAUCCUGAAGUCAAACCCUCAGUUGAUGGCUGCCUUCAUCAAACAGCGAACAGCCAAGUACCAGGCCAAUCAGCCGCAACAGCAGGCAGGUCAGCCGCAGCAGCCAGGGAUGCCACAGAUGCAGACCAUGACGUUGCCAGGAGGAACGGUGCAGAGGCCAGGCAUGGCCCCUCAGCAACCACAGCAGCCUUCUGCUCAAGGAAUGGCUGCAUUAGGUGCUCAAGCUCAAAUUCAAGAGCACUAUCGGCGCCAGCUCCAGCUCCGUCAGCAGCAGCAGCAGCAGCAGCAGCAACAACAACAGCAGCAGCAGCAGCAACAGCAACAGCAGCAACAACAACAACAACAACAGCAGCAGCAAGGAGUGAUGCCUCAGGGCCACCCAGGCCAGUUUCCCGCUCAGGCUUCUACGGCUACCUAUUCCCAACUCCGCAUGCAACAACAACAACAACAACAACAACAACAACAACAACAGCAGCAGCAACAGCAGAUUGCAAUGCAGGCUGGUGGCGCCCCUGCUGGUGGGCCAAUGGGUCAACUCCCACCAAUGACUCAGAUGGCCCAGCCAGGUAUGGGAAUUGACUCCGCUCAGAAUUUACUGCACCAACGUAUGCUGCAGCAGCAGCAGCAGCUUCCUCAGCAGCAGCAGGCCGUACUCAAGCAGCAGAUGGGCUCCCCUGCUCAGCCCAGCCCCAUGAGCCCUCAGACCCACCUGCUGGCCGGCCAGCCUCAAGGUGGACCUCACAUCCCUGGCCAGCCUGCACUAGGUAGCAGUCUUGGCAACCAGGUCCGCUCUCCAGCCCCUGUACAGUCCCCGUGUCCACCGACACAGCAGCUGCCGCCACAUUCCAGUCCGUCACCACAGAUCCAGACUCAACCCCAACCCUCACCGCAACAUCCGCCAGCAUCACACUCAGGUUCUCCCCACCCUGGACUUGGGGGCCCUCUGUCGGGGUCCUUGGAACAGGUACAUUUAGGGGCACAGGAACAAAGCGCAAUGCUACCGCAGCUCAACACUCCCAACAGAGGAGGACUGAACAGUGACCUGGGUCUGGUGGGAGAUGCCACAGGAGACACUCUGGAGAAGUUUGUGGAGGGAUUGUAGCAUUUCCUCUGGGAACUGAAGAACACAAUCCUCCCAUCCCUGCCUCUUCUUGUUCCCUUUGUUGUUGUUUGCUCUUUAUAAAGUUGAGAUCAUCUUUUUGUACUGACGUGUAAAAUGUUUAAGAUGUUGUUUAAAAAAAAUCUGAAAAAAAAAAUAUUUGGUCUUCAGACAAAACAAAAAAAAACAAAAAACAAAAAAGAUCACCUCAUUGUUUCCAGAAAAGAAUGAUUGGUGUUUCUUAAGACAUGGAGGAAUUUGCAACUGAAUCGAAAUUUGAAUCACAGAAUAUAUUUUUGGUUGAGACCAAAUGUUCAAUACUCAACUUAUUUUUGGUUUGUUCUUGUAUGCUUUCAUGCCCUUUUUUAAGAAAGAAAAAUGUACAAAUCAUUUUACUAUUCAUAUCUCUUUAUUUUGUACUGUUGGGGGAAAAGAAUCGUUUUGUGUUGAUGUUAAAAAAAGAAAAAUCAAUGUGGGAAUUGGGCCAGGUUAUUUUUCUCAAGCUGCCGAUUUGGGGAAUUGUAAUAAUUUGUUGUACUCUAUGAUGCGUUCAGGGACAGAGCCCGCCCCCUUCCGUCUUGUGUGUAUGAAGAGCACUCAGUUGUAUUAACUAGGAAACGGAUUGCGUAGGUUGUGUAGGUCAAAGCACGCAUGUAUGCAGGCACACGAAAACCACCAACACACUCACUCAAACACAAAAAGUGUCUGUCCCAGUAUGGUGAAUCCUACAGGUGUAGAAGUGAACGACGUUGAUAUAAAAAGAAGAGCUGUCAUAUUGUUUUGUUUUUGUUUUUUUUGUCAUACAAAUGUUGUAAAGUGUAAAGAGAGUGUGAGAAAGAUUACCAGCUCCCAAAGCUGUGGUGGAAUGAUCCCUAUAUGGGCCCCGUCCUCCAAAUUUGACACUAAGUCUUAUGCUCUCCGAGGAUGAAGGGAACAUCGAGAGAUACAGACCUUGUUCCUCUCGCAGGAAACUUGAAUUGGGGAAUUCCUCUUUCUCCUAUUGUAAAUCGAGUUAUUAAGCAAAAUAUUAUAAAUAUAAGGAAGAGAGAAUUGAAUCACUGUAUAAACUGGUAAAAGACUCAUUUCUUACUUAUAUACAAUAUUGUUAAAUAAACUGUGCAACAGGAGAACGGUGGUGCUCUGUUGACUAAGUGAGACUGUCACUGUUGGUGUGUUUGUUUCUGACAUUUAUUUUUCCAAACAUUGCUGCGGAUCAUCAGGUUUGUAAUAGUGUGCGCUACUUCUAUGCAAAUAGACCAUAUGAUAGUUAUUUAUCAGAACUCUAUGUAGCUUUGAAUAUAUGAUGAAUGUAUAAUAUGAAUAUGUUAUGGUUGGAAGAGUAGUAUUUAAAAGUUAAUUCCUGACAUGGUCACGUCUCAAA